AUGGAUGAGGUGCCAUUAACCGAAGGAGAUCAGACCCGGCAUCUCAAGAUCGGCUCCAAGCUAACCGAAGGGUUGAGAAGAAGACUGAUAGACUUCCUCAGGUCUAACUCUGAUUGCUUCGCUUGGUCCCACGCAGACAUGCUUGGGAUCGAUUCGAAGAUCAUCAUGCAUAAGCUGCAGGUGGAUCCCCUACACCAACCCGUCAGACAAAAGAGACGGAAGUUUGCUCAUGAGAGAGAUGCGAUCAUCAACGAUGAAGUCAAGAGCCUGCUUGGCGCGGGGUUCAUUCGUGAGGUGCAGUAUCCAGAGUGGCUAGACAACUUUGUCUUGAUACUCAUUCAUCCGGAUGACCAGGAGAAAACGUCCUUCAUGACGUCCAGAGGGAUCUAA